AGGAAAAGAAAGAGGAGGAGCGGGAGGAAGAGGAAGAGGAGGAGCAGCACGAGCAGCAGCACGCGGUUCCCCCGCCAGCGCGCUCAGGCUGCCGCUCCCCCCCCUCUGGCAGAAUCGCCCCUCCAGGAAUCCGCAGGAUUUCUCUUGGUCCGCAAGAGGAGGAGGAGGAGGCCAGGAGGAAGAGAAAGAUGUCCCGGGAGCCGCAGGCAGACAUGGAACUGAGCACAGAGCCCAUGGAGGACAAAUCCCCGCAGCAGAACCUCGUGGAAGAGGCCUCUGUGAGCGGCUCCAGAGUGCAGGAAUCCAAUGGGAAGGAAAAGCCUCGGAGAUCCCGCACAAGGACGAGCUGCAAACGCAGAUCUCGGGGAUCUGAGGAGGAAAGAUCUACUCUGGGCAGGGGAGGUGGCCGGAGCUCAGAGCUGAGGGCCCCUGACAAGUCUCAGGAUGGGGAGAAGCCCCACAAGUGCUCAAAAUGCGAGAAGAGCUUCAGGUGGAAAUCCGACCUUAUCAAACACCAGAGGAUCCACACGGGGGAACGGCCCUACGAGUGUGGGGAGUGUGGGAAGAGCUUCAGUUUUAGCUCUGGCCUAAGUGUCCACCAGAGGAUCCACACCAAGGAGAAGCCCUACGAGUGUGAACAAUGCAAGAAGAGGUUUACCGCCAGCUCCCAUCUCCUCGUGCACCAGCGGAUUCACAGAGAUGAGAAGCCCUUCCAUUGCCAUGACUGUGGGAUGGACUUCAGGGACAGCUCUGCCCUCAGCAAGCACCGGCGCAUCCACACCGGGGAGAGGCCCUACGAGUGUCCCCAGUGUGGGAAGAGCUUCAGACACAGCCAGAACCUAAUUAUCCACCAGAGGAGCCACACAGGGGAACGGACCUACAAGUGUGAGGAGUGUGGGAAGAGCUUCAGCCAGAGACCUCACCUGACCCGCCACCAGAGAAGCCACACCAGGGAGAGGCCCUACGAGUGUGACCAAUGCAAGAAGAGGUUUCAGACCAGCUCAAAUCUCCUCAAGCACCAGCGGACUCACAAGGAUGAGAGGCCCUUCUGCUGCCCUGACUGCGGGAUGGGCUUCCAGCGGAACUCCCACCUCACCAGGCACCGGCGCAUCCACACCAGGGAGAGGCCCUAUGAGUGUCCCGACUGUGGGAAGAGCUUCAACGAUAGCUCUGCCCUGAUCGUCCACCAGAGGAGUCACACAGGGGAACGGCCCUACAAGUGUGAGGAGUGUGGGAAGAGCUUCAACCAGAGCCCCCACCUAAUUAUCCACCAGAGGAGCCACACAGGGGAGAGACCCUACAAGUGUGACCAGUGCAGGAAGAGGUUUCAGAGCAGCUCAAGUCUCCUCCUGCACCAGCGGAUUCACACGGAUGAGAGGCCCUUCCGCUGCCCCGUCUGUGGGAAGGGCUUCAAGUACAACUCCCACCUUGUCACCCACCGGCGCAUCCACACCGGGGAGAGGCCCCACGAGUGUCCCCAGUGUGGGAAGAGCUUCAGCCACAGCUCUGCCCUGAUCACACACCAGAGGAUCCACACAGGAGAGAGGCCCUACGAGUGUGGGGAGUGUGGGAAGAGCUUCAGCACGAGCUCCAACCUGACUCUCCACCAGAGGAUCCACACUGGUAAGAAGCCCUACGAGUGUGAGCAGUGCAAGAAGAGGUUUCCCACCAGCUCCAAGCUCCUCCUGCACCAGCGCAUUCACACGGAUGAGAGGCCCUUCCGCUGCCCCGACUGUGGGAAGGGCUUCACGCAAAACUCCUCCCUCGUCAGGCACCGGCGCAUCCAAACCGGGGAGAGGCCCCACGAGUGUGAUCAGUGUGGGAAGAGAUUCUCCAGCAGCUCCCACCUGAUCAGACACCAGAGGACCCACACUGGUGAACGGCCCUACGAGUGUGGGGAGUGUGGGAAGAGCUUCACCAGCAGCUCAAACUUCACCAAACACCAACAGAGCCACACCGGGGAGAGGCCCUACGAGUGUGACCAGUGCAAGAAGAGGUUUCCCACCAGCUCCCAGCUCCUGCUGCACCAGCGGAUUCACACGGAUGAGAGGCCCUUCCGCUGCCCCGACUGCGGGAUGGGCUUCAAGCAAAACUCCCACCUCACCAGGCACCGGCGCAUCCACACCGGGGAGAGGCCCUACGAGUGUCCCAACUGUGGGAAGAGCUUCAACUAUAGCUCUGCCUUGAUCGUCCACCAGAGGAGUCACACAGGGGAACGGCCCUACAAGUGUGAGGAGUGUGGGAAGAGCUUCAGCCAGAGCCCCCACCUAAUUAUCCACCAGAGGAGCCACACAGGGGAGAGGCCCUACGAGUGUGACCAAUGCAAGAAGAGGUUUCCAACCAGCUCUGAUCUCCUCAAGCACCAGCGGAUUCACACGGAUGAGAGGCCCUUCCGCUGCCCUGACUGCGGGAAGGGCUUCAAGUACAGCUCCCACCUCGUCACACACCGGUGCAUCCACACCGGGGAGAGGCCCUACGAGUGUCCCCAGUGUGGGAAAAGCUUCAGCCAGAGAUCUGGUCUGAUCCGCCACCAGGUCAGCCACACUCUGGAGAUGCCCUUUGAGUGUGAUAAAUGUAGGAAGAGGUUUCAGAGCAGCACCUGUCUCCUCAGGCAUUACAGGAUUCACAGGGAUGAGAGGCCCUUCCGCUGCCCCGACUGUGGGAUGGGCUUCAAGUACAAUUUUGCCCUCAUCACCCACCGGCGCAUCCACACCGGGGAGAGGCCCUACGAGUGUGGGGAGUGUGGGCAGAGCUUCACCCAGAGCUCCACCCUGACUGCCCACCAGAGGAGACACACAGGAGAACGGCCCUAUGAGUGUGGGGAGUGUAGGAAGAGCUACAAGACAAGCUCUGAACUGAUCAUUCACCAGAGGAGCCACACUGGGGAACGACCCUAUGAGUGUGGGGAGUGUGGGAAGAGCUUCACCCGGAGGUGCCACCUGCUCUGGCACCAGAGGAGCCACAAGGGCUCUACAGCCUACAAGGAAUGUUCCUAUGAGUGUGGGGAGUGUGGGAAGACCUUGAGAUCAAGCUCUGAACUGAUUGUCCACCAAAGGAGCCACACUGGGGAACGGCCCUAUGAAUGUGGGGAGUGUGGGAAGAGAUUCAUGUCGAGAUCCCACCUGAUUGCGCACCAGAAGAUCCACACGGGGGAACGGCCAUACGAGUGUGACCAAUGCAGGAAGAGGUUUCAGACCAGCACCAAUCUCCUCAUGCACCAGAGGAUUCACACGGAUGAGAGGCCCUUCCGCUGCCCCAACUGUGGGAAGGGCUUUAUACAAAACUCCACCCUCAUCAGCCACCGGCGCAUCCACACUGGGGAGAGGCCCCAUGAGUGUCCCCAGUGUGGGAAGAGCUUCUCAUGCAGGUCAACUUUGACCCAACACCAACGGAGCCAGCACUGAGGGAAGCCCUGCGAGUAUCCCAAGUGCAGGAAGUGCUCCGUGCACUGCUCCAGCUCCAUCCCCAUGGGAGGAUCCCCCCAGGAUGAUCCCCAGUGACCCCCGGUGGGCAGAGCCACGGUGAUCUGUGGUGCCUGUGAUCCGUGUUGGGAAGACACCUGGCUGGAGGCUCCACAUCCUGUUGGGUCCCCUUGGGCACUUGGACACAUUAACAGACCAACAUUAGAAAUCCUUUGUGGAGAGUGCAUUUGUCGACUUCUGACCCCAGAAAAAUCUCACUUUUUGUGUCCUCUGGUGGCAUCAAGCAAUGCUGCAUGGCCUUGAGGUCUCCAACAUUAGUCCAUUGUUUCAAUUCUCUCUGGCUCAUGGGCAUCUUCCACAGCAAAUGAGGACAGACUAGGUCCAAACCCACAAUUUUGGAGACCCUCCAAAUUAGUGUGGAAACGCUGUAAAAAAGGUUCUUCCCACCCACCCAAGCAUGUGGAUGCUCAACCUGCAGGGAAAUAUAAAUCCUUUUGUUUUGGCCUUGAAACGAACAGGUAUGUGUUCAUCUUUUUGAAAGCCUUUAAACUGGUAUAAAAAUAAAGAUGUUGAACUAAGGCAUGGAUGGGGACGUGGGGGACAAUGACAUGGGUGAGGCCAUGAGAGGCCAAGGGGGACAGGGAUGGGGAUGCAGACAAGGAUGGGAUCAUGGGUGAACAUGGACAUGGUUGGGGACAUUGGGGACAUGCAUGGGGACAUGAACUGGGACAGCAUCAAUGCCAGCACAGUGUGCCAGAACAGUGCCACCAGCACCUUGAUCUCAGCCCUGGGGAAGUGCUGCCUGAUGCAGUUGUUGCCAGCUCGUCCCCACUGUCACCACAGUGGUGUCCCAGCCAAAUGUCACCCCCCACCAGCGCAGGACACAGAACUUGUUCAGCUGGGAACAUCUGGGAACAGAAGGGAGUGACAGCCACCAGGCUGUCCCAGGGCCACUGGGCUCACCCCAACCACCUCUGGGGACAGGGCAAUGGUCAGUGUCACCCAGAGGGCCACAUGGCCCCACGCUGGGUGUGAUCAGAACCAUCCUGGUGGAAGCAUCCUCACAGGUGUGGUGACAUUUUCCCCUAACGUGUGUCCUGGAGGCAUCGUGUCCCCUCCCCUCCAUAUAUCCCCAGCCCCUCCCCAUGUCUCCCUGUCUCCCCUACUCUGUGUUCCCAUCCCCUCCGUGUGUCCCUGUCUUGCUCUGUGUCUUCCUGUCACCAUCUCCCUUAUGUGUCCCUGUCCCUUUCCGUGUGUCCCCGUCCCUCCUCCCAUGUUCCUGUCCGCCGCUCUCGGUGGGGCCAAAGUCCCCGAGGUUCCGGACCCAUGUCCUGCAGGGAUUCCCUGUGUCCUGCAGGGAUUCCCUGUGUCCUGCAGGGUUUCCCUGUGUCCUACAGGGUGUCACCGUGUCCCUCAGGAUGUUCCUGUGGCUGCUUCUGGUGCCGAGCGCCUGCGCCCGUCCCGGCACAGGUAUGGAAAUGCCACAACACCCUGGGACACACAAUGACAUCCCAUGACAACCUUUGUCCUCUGAUUUUGGCUUCUUCUUCCCCCAUUUUGGAUCUUUUCAGCCUGUUUUGAGUCUCUUUUCCCUGUUUUGUAUCUUUUACUCUCUAUUUUGAGUCAUUUCCUCUCUAUUUUGAGUCAUUUCCUUCUUUUCCAUCUUUUCUCCAGUUUUGAGUGACCUUCUCUUACAUUUGGCACAUUUUUGGCUGCAUUGCUUGUCCUCCAGUCCCGUCCUCACUCCUUAAGACCCCUCAUCCUCCCUGCCCCGUCCCCCCAGGCAUGUCCCCAGCUGUGUCCCCAGCUGUCUCCCCACACCACAUAGACUCAGUUCUCGACGUCCUGGAUGCCCUCAAGUCCCUCGCCUGGAACUGUGGAUCUCCUCUUCCAGGAGAACUCUCCUGGCUUCCAGAGAACACCAGUGGCACUGGGGCUCAGGGUGGGUGACCUGGUGGGGUUGAUGGGAGGGGGUCUGGGGUCAUGUUGGGACUGACCAUGGGUCUUGUCCAUUCCAAAGUGAGGAGCGGCCUCAACUGGAGAGCCUGGGAUGGAUGGGGUCAGGAGAUGGGGGACAGAUGGACACCAGAACCACCGAUCCCAUCUGGUGGACACUGGUCCAGAUGGACACCAGAGAAUGGAUCCCAGCUUGACUCUGAUCUGGAUGGCCCCUGGCCCUGCAGCCCCCCAGCCUGGCCAGCCCUCAGCCCAGAUGACCACAAGCCUGGCACCACCCUGGCCCAACCCACUGGCCCACCAGCCCAUCCCAGCAGUAACAACCCCAAAAACCCUCCAAAAUGAACUCCAUUCCAGAACAUUGAAUCAGGAUGGUCCCUGCAGAGCAAGGGGGAAACUGAGGCACAGGCUGGGGGGGUGACCUUGUGGUGUUGGGAGAGGACUUCAGGAGCCAUCCUGGAGACCCCAACCUUCCCACAAAUGAGCACCUAUCCCCCAAACUGACACCUGCAACAUCCUGGGUCGCCCAGCUGCCAUUUCACAGAGACUCCAGGAGGCACCGUGAUCCCACAAUCCCUUCAAUAAGUAACCCUUGAUGUCCCCCUGGUGUCACCGGUGUGUCCCUAGUGGGAAAAGCAGCCUCACCGGAGGAGGAGGAGGAUGUUGUGGUGGUUGUGGUGAUGGAAGAAGAGGUGAGAGUGUGACUAAAACUGCUGCCUGGUCACAUCGGGAAGCCACAACAGGAACUGGGACUGAGCAAGAGCACAGCACUGGAGGUACCACAGAGGACCAGGGCCAGCACACGGGGAGAGUCCCCAAGGUCUCCUUGGGGGAUGCUGGAGCCACAGCAGUGCAGAGGGUGCAGGGUCGUGCAGCAUCCUCAGGGGAAUGCAGAGGGAUGGAAGUGGCCAGGUGUGACCCCAAAAUAGUUGUCACCCACCCCCUCCUGUAGGAUGUGGGCCAACCCCUGCUCUGGGGCGCAGGUGACAAAUUGGUGGGUGGUGGUGACAAAAAGCACAGGUGCCACCUCGGGGAUAGCACAGAGAGGGGGGCCUGUAGUGCCACUGUGCCUCCUACUCAGGGGCACCUCAGGGGGACAAAGGGGGUGUCAGGGGUGUCCCCAAGCAGUUAGAGAAGGUGGGGGAGGGGAAAGGAAGCGCAGUUGAGGCGUGUCGGAAACACCUCCGGUCUCACCUGUGUCCAUGGCAUGAGGGUGGUGAGGCAUCUUUUGCUGUGUCAUCCUGUCCCCCUGCCACCGUGUCACUCUGUCUUCCUGGCAGUCUGUCCCCCUGCACUCCUGUCAUUAUGCUCCCCAGCACCCUGUCCCCUUGCCCCGUCGCCCAUUGUCAUCUGUUAUCACCCAGUGUCACCUCUACUGGGCAGCGAGGGGUGGUGGCACUUCCAGGUGACACCCCCACAGCUCACUGUUACCCAUUGGCACCCAUGGGCGCCCAUUGGCACCCACUGUCAUCUCUGCUGGGCAGCGAGGGGUGGCAGCACUUCCAGAGGGCCACAUGGGUGGCCAGGCUGAUUCGAGAUCGCCCCCUGUGAAUGCAGUAGUCAAACGUGACCUGGGGACACAGAGUGGUACUGCAAUUGUCAUUGUCACUGUCACUGCCACUGUGUCCUGGGGUGACUUUGUGAUGCUUGUAUCCCUAAUUGUCUGUUUUGCUGGAUAUUAAGCUCUACACCUUUAAGUCUGGUUCCAAGAGUGAAGGGGGUGGAAGAAGCUCAGGGUUUGUUUGCAGAAACUGCACUCACUCCUCUGCAUUCUGCUCCUGGACUGUGUUGUCUGUGGAUGGACAGCGAGAGACAGAGAGAGCUCUCCUUUGUUUUUAAUUGGCUUUUAGCUAGCUGAGCCACAGAAUUUCCCUGGACUGUUUUCUUUUUCUUGCAACUCUUUCAACCUGUUCUGGACUGAAAACCCAGAGAAACACCCAGAGCUCACGCCUGUGACCCACUGGGGCCCAGGACGGCAUUUUGCAGCACCAGAGGGACUGAUAAGAGAGUGAACAACCUGAGCUGCCACCCAUGGCAAAGACUUUCUCAUUUUUGGAAUCUCUCUUAAACAACAGCAAGAGGUUCUGUUGUCUGAUAUUGUUCAUUCUUUUUGUGCUUGUGGGCACUUUGCUUGUUGAAUAAACAGUUUUUUCUCCUUUUCUCAAAAGAAUUUUUUUCCUGGACCAGUUGGGGGAGGGGCUGCUUGGGUUUUCUUUCCAGAGGGACCCAUUCAGAGGUUUCCUCACAAAUUUGCACAAAACAAGGACACUGGUCCCUGUCCCUAUUCCAGGUCCCAUUCCCAAUCCCCAUCUCCAUUCCCUCUCCCCAUUCCUGGUCCCUGUCCCCAUUCCUAAUCCCUGUCCUCAUUCCUGGUCCCUGUCCCUGUCCCCAUUCUUUGUUCCUGUCUCCAGUCCCGGUCCCAGUGCCCAUCCCUAGGCCCUGUCCCGAUUCCUAAUCCCAUUCCUGGUCUCUCUCUCCACUCCAGGUCCCAUUCCUGGUCUCAGUCCCAUAUUCCCUGUACCAGUCCCAGUCUGGUAUGCCAGAUCCAAUUCUUGCUCCCUGUCCCCAUUCCCAGUAUUAUCCCC